AUGCCGAAACGCACGCUCUUCACAAACAUUACCCCUCUCCCUCCGCAAGUGUCGCGAGAAGUCGCGAUAGCAAUGCUGCACAACCACAAUGAAAUGAUCGAAUUAAAUCCGCUCGUUAUCGAACACCAUCCCAUAAAGACUCCCCGAGACGCACCGGCCGACGAGUUCCUCGACUGUGCCUGGCAGGAGCUGACGGAUAAAAUCCACUUUCUGCCCGGCGGAAUGAUGAAGGGCAAGGUCAGCUAUAAAGCAUGUUUCCACGAUAUGCCGAAUGGGUUACAGACACACAUCUACGCCCCGAUGGGCUUGGACAUCCGGGAAAAGUGGACAAUUGGAGGCUCUCUCCCUGGCGAACCCCCGGAGCCGAGAGAACUCGGUCUUGACGUCCCACGCGAGGGCCUGUAUAUCCGAGAAGACGGCGACAUGAAAUGUAACAUGCUGAUGACCUCGUUUGUGCGCAAGAACCUCGACAAUGCACACAAGGUCUUGGUGGAGCGCAUUCUCAAAAAGGCCGAACGAGUAGAGGAGACGGUCAAGACGAUGGGCAUGACGCCAAUUACCCCCGGCCCCGGGUCGACCCGAUUCCAGGCGGGCUCACAUAUGUCCAGCUCCCAGAUUGUGAACUCGCAGGCAAUAUACAACAGACCGCUGUCGCCGCAGAUGCUGUCGCCGCAACAGGACCUGGGCUGGCAGACCCUGGCCAAUCACCCAGCAUUCCGGAACGAGGACAGGCGGAUGAGCUAUCAACCCGUCGUCCACCCGCAGCAGCGCAUGAGUUAUUACGCCCCUCUGAAGCAGCCGGAUCCACCAAAGCAAUUCCUCGCCGAGCUACCGGGCUCGACGUUCCAUACAGGCCAUCUGGCACCUCCGUCACGCGAUUCUCUGGUGACCGACCACCGAAUGAGCACCAUGUCCGAGCUGUCGGGCUCUGACGGCGGGACCCAUACGGGCUCACCCAACGCGCAAGCGCACUCAGACCCAGGCAGCAUGGUAUCGGAGAAUUUCUACGUCCAAAAACUCAACGCGCCUGGGUAUCCCCGGGACCGGCCACAGUCAAUGGUGUCAGGAACCUCUGGUCAUUCCAGUAAUUACCUGGACCGGAUGAGCAUGGUAUCCGAGUUGCCCUCGACCCAGCCGCAGCAGUGGCCGCAGCGGUGA